AUGGCUCCUUUACGCACUCCCUUACGGUCUCUUGCCCAAGCUCCUCGGCGGUUCUACUCCGGAGCUCCUACUCCCGCAGCAAAGCUGAACCUACCUAUUGACUACAAAACUACACCGAUUUUACAUCACACUUCAUCCUCCUUGGCAAAUACGAAAGAAUACCCGGCAGGCGCCACAAGUAAACGGCUUAACCUGUACCAGGCAAUCAACUCAGCGCUACGGACAGCGUUAACCAAAUCCGAUAGAACCAUCGUGUUUGGCGAGGAUGUCGGGUUCGGUGGUGUUUUCCGAUGCUCAAUGGAUCUUCAAACAGAAUUUGGGUCAGAUCGAGUAUUCAACACGCCUCUCACCGAACAAGGUAUUGCAGGGUUCGCAAUUGGGGCGGCAGCGGAAGGGAUGAAGCCUAUAGCUGAGAUCCAAUUCGCCGACUAUGUCUUUCCCGCAUUCGAUCAAAUUGUGAAUGAGGCAGCCAAGUUCCGCUAUCGAGAGGGUGGGACGGGCAUUAAUGUUGGGGGCCUCGUCAUCCGGAUGCCCUGCGGCGCGGUUGGACACGGUGCAUUGUAUCAUUCUCAAUCCCCCGAGUCGCUCUUCGCACAUAUCCCCGGCUUGCGAGUAGUCAUGCCACGGUCCCCGGCUCAGGCCAAGGGACUUCUUCUCUCCUCCAUCUUCGAGCACAAUGAUCCUGUGAUCUUCAUGGAGCCUAAAAUCCUCUACCGGGCAGCUGUGGAAUAUGUGCCGAACGAGUACUACACCAUACCGCUCAGCAAGGCUGAAGUACUCAAGCCUGGCAAGGACUUGACCAUAAUUUCCUACGGGCAGCCUCUUUACUUGUGCUCUUCGGCCAUCUCUGCGAUCGAGAAAGCCAUGCCGGGUGUCAGUGUGGAAUUGAUUGACCUGCGAACGAUAUAUCCAUGGGAUAGACAGACUGUCAUCGACAGUGUCAAGAAAACCGGUCGGGCCAUUGUCGUGCAUGAAAGCAUGGUUAACUAUGGCGUUGGGGCAGAGGUUGCAUCCACACUACAAGAAAGCGCAUUCUUACGUCUUGAAGCUCCAGUCAAACGAGUUGCCGGAUGGAGUACGCAUACCGGGCUGACCUACGAGCAAUUCAUUCUGCCCGAUGUCGCAAGAAUCUACGACGCAGUUAAACAGACCCUUGAAUAUUGA